GGGAAAGUGGCCUCUUAACUCCACCCCUUAGAAAAGUCUCCUUCCGUGACUUAUCAGCUUACUUUACCUCUAAGCCAUGGCUUUCUGGAUCCAUAUCUGUGCAAGAAGUCUUUGCUGAUCUCAGGAUCGGAAACUGACCAGUAAAUUUUCCAGUAGGACACAUCACAUAGCAUUAUUACUACUUUCUUUCUCACAAAUUCAAGGUCAUGCAAAUCAUCCAAUUUCUGCCACAUGGAUUUUAUCUUUGACCAUUUUACGGCAAAGACUCAUAGUCAUAUCACAUCCCUUCUUUCAAUCUAUGUUUUUACCAUUCUGGCAGAUAUAUAUAUAUAAAGAAAUAUUACGUGUUUAUCAUUGAUUAGUAGUCUGGAAUCUGAUGACGGACUUAAGCAUCGCCUAGAGGAGAAAUUCCUAUACAAAGAAAGUCAAUUAUGUUGACUGGAAAAGGAACAUUAGUUCUUGACAGAGGAGUCUCGACUUUCAAGUUUCACAACCUGCCUCCAUAAAUAUAAAACAGCAUCUUUAUUCUACGAGGAAGUGACAAACAGAACCACCGUCCACCAGGCUGCCAAAAAUGAGAGCCAAAACCAGUUUAAUUCUUUCUUUUCUCUUCAUUUUUUAUCUUAAUCAUGUUCUAAACCAUUUACGAGCACAACCAAGCACUGAUGGGAUCACUUGCACAGUGAACCAGACCAGCAAUCCAUGCCAAACCUAUGCUUUUUACAGAGCUAUGGCACCUAACUUCCUUGACCUGGCUUCCGUAGGUGAUCUUUUCUCUGUUAGCCGUCUCAUGAUAUCAGAGCCGAGCAACAUCUCUUCUCCAUCUUCACCACUAAUCCCAAAUCAAUCUCUCUUCGUUCCCAUAUCGUGUUCCUGCAGAGCUAUUAAUUCUACAACUAACCUCUCCUAUGCAAAUCUUUCAUAUACUAUCAAGAAAGACGACACCUUUUACUUGGUAUCUACUACUCAAUUCCAAAAUCUUACCACUUACCAAGCUGUUCAGGUUGUGAAUCCUACUCUUGUUCCUACCUUACUUGAGAUUGGCCAAGAAGUAAUCUUUCCUGUAUUUUGUAAGUGUCCUAAUCAAACCCAGUUGCAGAAUCAGGUGAAUUUUAUGAUAUCUUAUGUGUUUCAACCUUCUGAUAACUUAUCAUUAGUUGCUUCAAGUUUUGGAACAAACACACAGUCCAUUGUAGAUGUUAAUGGAAACAACAUACAGCCUUUUGACACUAUAUUCGUUCCAGUCAAUAGACUUCCACAACUGUCACAACCUGUAGUUGUUCCUUCUGUGCCUACUGAGAAGAAAGAGAGGAAAGGAUUGAUAACAGGAUUGGCUGUUGGGCUUGGAGUUUGUGGGUUUUUGUUGAUCUUGAUAAUUGGGAGUUGGGUAUUUAGAGAGGGUAAAUUGAAUAGGAAAAAGAGCGAGGAGGAUGAGGACAAGAAGAGGUUGCGAUUUUACAAAGGAGAGAAAGGCUUGACAGAAAUGGAAACAAAGUUGAUAGCAGAUGUUUCAGAUUGCUUGGAUAAGUAUAGGGUAUUUAAGAUUGAUGAAUUGAAAGAAGCUACUGAUGGGUUCAAUGAGAAUUUCUUGAUUCAAGGGUCUGUGUAUAAAGGGUCCAUUAAUGGACAAGAUUAUGCCAUCAAGAAGAUGAAAUGGAAUGCCUAUGAGGAGCUUAAGAUCUUACAGAAGGUAAACCACGGCAAUUUAGUGAAGCUAGAAGGGUUCUGUAUAGAUUCUGAGGAUGGGAGUUGCUAUCUAAUAUAUGAGUAUAUAGAAAAUGGCUCUCUCCAUUCAUGGCUACACAUCAACAAGAAUGAAAAGCUAAACUGGAAGACAAGGUUACGGAUCGCCAUUGACGUAGCCAAUGGUCUCCAAUACAUUCAUGAACACACUAGACCAAGGGUUGUGCACAAAGACAUCAAAAGCAGCAACAUUCUCUUGGAUUCAACAAUGAGAGCAAAAAUUGCUAACUUUGGGCUAGCAAAAUCAGGCUGCAAUGCCAUAACAAUGCACAUUGUUGGUACUCAAGGCUACAUUGCUCCUGAAUAUCUAACUGAUGGUGUGGUGUCGACGAGGAUGGAUGUUUUUUCUUUUGGCGUAGUUUUGCUUGAGCUCAUAUCCGGUAAAGAAGCCAUCGACGAAGAGGGUAGGGUUCUGUGGGCAAAAGUUAGUGGAAAUUGGGAUGGAAAUGAAGAGAAGAAGGUGAAGAGAUUGAAAGGGUUUAUGGAUGAGAGUCUUUUGCGUGAAUCAUGCUCAAUGGAGAGCAUAAUUCAUGUAAUGAACGUUGCAGUUGCUUGUCUGCACAAAGAUCCUGCAAAGAGGUCUAGUAUGGUUGAUAUUGUGUAUGAUUUGUGCAAGAGUGAUUUGUUCUUUGACAUUUCUGAAGAUGGAUUGUCUGAUUCUCAGAUCGUGGCAAGAUAAAUACAUUCGAGUGUAUGGUACUUGAUGCAAUAUAUGUAAUGAUUAUAACGUUUAUGUGUAAUAUAAAUGAUAAAAAUCUUCAGUAAA